CUGUGUGUGCGUGUUUCCCACCUCACCGUGCAAAAAUCAACCGCCCCCCACCUCGUUCCUCUCGGUCAAUGCCUCUGCACUGGCAGCUCCACAUUCAUCCGUAAACUGCACUCCUUGAUGCUUUUUAUAGAUUUUUUUUUUUUUUAACUUCAAAGGAAGAAGUGGUCCGCAAUGGAAUAAUUGACUUAUUUGGACUUAUUUUGUGGCAAAAUCAAAAGGAUUAUUUUCUGAAAAAGUGGUCAAUAUGGCUGACGGGGCCAAAAGCGCCAGUGGGUCCCCAGCAGAAGCAGCAUGUGACUCAAUCAAGUCCAAAGCUGGGAUGGUGCUGAACAAGCUUCGAGUGUCUGUGGAGCUGCUCGUCGCUCUGGCCGCUCUCUUGUGCUGGCUGACGGUGGGCGUGGUCAUGUUUGACUUUGUGGAGUACAAGGCAGUACCAGACAUCCAGCACAUCAUGUCCGACCCGGUCCAAGCCGCGUAUGAUGCUGCGGAGGAAGUGUCCAAUCUCGUAAACAAGUUCCAAGAAUGCGCACCUGACUUAAGCGACCCCAUGUCUGCAGCCACGUACGCGCUGGAUGAAAUAGCCCAUGCCAAAGACGGAUUUGUGCGUUAUUUCUCCGACGAGGAAGACGUCUUCUACCUGAGUUACGUGGAUCCGGUGGUGUUGGGCAGACAACUUUUCCAUUCCACCAGCGACUGUGUGUGCGGGGUGGCGGCGUCCCUCAGGGACACGCUUUGUGUUGCUGUGGACGCCGUGUUAUACUCGAUAGCUCAAAUGAGUGAAGGUGCAAUAGACCUGAGCUUCGUGGAUCCAGUUCCGUGGUGCAGAGGCCUGUUCUCCUGCGCCAAUGACUUUGUGUGCGCCCUGCUGGGCUCCAUUCAGCAGCUCCUCUGUGGCGUCUUGGACUCUGCUCUGGAUCUAGUUAAAGGAAGUGUCAACAUCAAGUUUUUGGACCCUGUGACAUUCGGCAGGAACGUCGUCAGUGUUGGAAAUAAAAUAAAGGAUAGCCUGCAGGAAGUGAUGGCGGUCACCACAGACGGCGUAGUUGAUAUAAUCAACGACAUACAGGAAGUGGUCUACUUCAGCCCCUCCGCCGCCCUGAACAGAACCGCCGAAAUCGUCGCGGACCAGUACCAAAUGCUCGUCGGCGCCAUUUCUGGGUCCCUGCCUGACGUCGCCUUCGACCCCGCGAAAGCUGUGGAAGACGUCGUCCUGGGACUGACAGACAAGAGGGAUUUGUUUGUGGCCUACAUGUCCGCCAUGCUUGUGGGUGAUCAAGCUGAACCUGUCACUACGCCGCCUGAGGAUGUCAUCCCCAGAAAAGAUGAAAGCGCAACACCUCACUCGGACAGACAUAUGGUGAGACGCAAAGGUGAAUUUCUGCCGCCGUAUGUAAAAGUUGCAGAGAUGAUGAUGAUGAUGAUGCACGCCCCGAAAGACCGCCAACAAGACGCUAAAGAUGACAUUAAAGCAUCAGAGAAAGACAAGGAGGAACACGUCCGCCUUGGAGCGUCACUGGGCGUCCGAGAGGAGGAGGAUGUGGGGGAUGAUGAAGAGGAAUGGCAGCUGCAAGUAAAUAAAGAGGACCAAGAGGAGGAGAAGAUGGAAAGAGGGGACAAGGAGGUGGAUGAAGAAGAAGUCGUGUUGGAGGAGGAGGAGGAGGCGGAUAAGGAAAGUGAAGCUGCAGAAGUCCUGUUCAUUGGGGAGGAGGAAGAGGAGAGCCCAUUAGACAAUGAUGAGGAGGAGGAAGAUGAGGAGAUGACAACCUUCAAUGCUAGCGAUGAUGAUGCAGAAGCAGAGUCAACAACAGAAGAUGAAGAGACUCCAAUUGUAGAGGAGGAAGAGAAGGAAGGAGAACAUGAGGAGGUGACCACUGGAGUUGAAGAUGGGGAGGAGGAAAAGGACAAUGAGAUGACAAAAAAUGAGGAAGAGGGGGAGGAGCAGACAAUAACUAAUGGUGACGAUGAGGAGGAGGAGGAAGAUGAGGAGACACCGGCCAUAGACGAUCGUGAUGACGGGGAUGAAAUAGCUAUCGCCGAUGAUGAGGAUGAAGACCUGGAGACAGCAACCAGAGAUGAUCACGACAAGGAAGAGGAGACCGAAGAUGAUGAGGAGGAGGAGACAAAAAAUGUUGAUGAUGAGGAAGAGGAGGAAAAGGACGGGGAGAUAACAAUAGAUGAGGGGGAGACAAUAACUGAAGAUGAGGAGGGGGAGGAGGAUGAGGGGACACCAACCAUAGAUGAUCAAGACGAGGAAGAGGAGGGGGCCAAAGAGGAGACGACAAUAAUAUUAGAUGAGGAGGACGAGGAAAAAACAACUCAUGAUGAUGAUGAGGAGGAGGAGGAGGAGGAGUAUGAAGAAGACAAUAAAAUAGCAUUAACUGAUGAAGAGGAGGAGACCCUAACCAUAGGUUGUCACGAUGAGGAAGAGGAAGAGACUACAACAUUAGAUGAGGAGGAAGAAGAUGAUGGUGUUGAGGAGGAGAAAACAACUGAAGGUGAUGAUGAAGAGGAUGAAGACGAUGAGAAAACAACCUUAGCUAAUGAAGAGGAGGAUACAACAAGAGCAGAUGAUCGUGACGAGGAAGAGGAGAAGACUACAACAUUGGAUGAGGAAGAUGACGAGAUAACAACUGUAGAUGAUAAUGAUGAUGAUGAUGAAGAGAACACCCCUGAAGGUGACGAGGAGGAGGAUGAAGAUGAUGCGAAAACAACCUUAGCAGAUGAAGAAGAGGAUGCAAGAGUAGAUGAUCAUGACGAGGAAGAGGAGAAGAUCACAACAUUAGAUGAGGAAGGUGACGAGAUAACAGCUGUAGAUGAUGAUGAUGAAGAGGAGAAAACAACUGAAGAUGACAAUGAUGAGGAGGAAGAAACCACUUUAGGCGACGAGUAUGAAGAUGAGAAGACAACAACCACAGAUGAGGAGGAGGAGGAGGAGAAGGAGGACGAAGAGGAGGAGGCACCAACUUUGGAGUCUUGUGUCCUGACCGAUGAUGACGAGGAGGACGCUGAGAGUAAACCUUUCGAGCAUGACGAUGAUGAUGGACAGGACCUUCACCAUGAUGAGGAAAACGAUUUGGAUGAAAACGAAGAGAACGUUCCCGUUCCUGUUCCUGCGCAGGGACGCACGAGUGUUCAGAACCAUCCCGGCAAACACCACACAGUUGUCAAAGAAGCAACGAAAAGACACCAGGCACCUAGAGAAGUUAAAGUUGUACUUAAAGAAACAACAAAAGAAGAGAAAACAGACAUCAAACAUGAGGAAUCACUUGCAAACAAAACCGGUGAGGAAAAACCAAUGGAGAAGCUCAAAGCCAUCGUUAAACUCCUUUCAAAAAAGACUAAAAAAUUGAAAGAAGAACCCCUGAGGAAAAAAACAAUAAAGAAGCCAAAAGUUGAGGCAAAGGCCGCCAAAGAUAAAAUGGAUUUGAAGAAGCCAUGGGUGAUAAACGUUUCCAAAGUUAAAAUGGCAGAAAUGGCUAAGGAAGAUAAGAAAAAUGUGAGGAAACCUGCCAAACAAGAGAAGGAAGGUCUUACUGAGAAGCUUACAAAGGAGUCGCCAAAAGAAGAAAUUAAAGAUGAGACAUUACGCAAGAAGGCGAUCCCAAAAACUCUCAAUGAAGUCAAAGGACCUGUUAGAAAAGAGAAGGAAGUGAAGAAACCUCAGAAAGAAGAGAAAGAGGGCAACGAACCUUCUAAGAAAGCAAAAAAAGAGAAGGAGGUCAAAGAAACUAUUAAGGUUGUCAAGAAACCUCGGAAAGAAGUGAAAGCACCUUAUAUGAAAGAGAAAGAAGUAAAACCUGAAAAAGCUGAGAAGGAGGUCAAGGAAACUUCUAAAGAAGACAAGAAACCUCAGAAAGAAGAGAAGGAGGUCAAAGAAACUAUGAAGGUCAUCAAGAAACCUCAGAAAGAAGAGAAAGAAGUCAAAGAACCUCCUAAGGAAGUCAAGAAACCUCCAAAAGAAGAUGUGGAGGCCAAAACACAUUCUAGAAAAGAGAAGGAAGUCAAAAAAACCCAGAAAGAAGAGAAACAGGUAAAAGAAACUUUCAUGGAAGCCUAUAAACCACCAAAAGAAGUUAAAGAACCAGUCAGAAAAGAGAAGGCGGUCAAGAAACAUCUGAAAGGAGAGAAAGAGAUCAAAGAACCUUCUAGAAAAGAGAAGGAAGUCAUGAAACCUCAGAAAGAUGAUGUAGAGGUCAAAGAAACUUCAAAGGGAGUGAUGGAGCCUCAGAGAGAAGACAAUGAGGUCAAAGAACCUUCUAAGGAAGCCAAGAAACCUCUGGAAGAAGAUAAAAAAGUAAAAGAACUUUCUAUGAAAGAGAAGGCAGUCAAGAAACCUCAUAAAGAAGAAAAAGAGGUCAGAGAACCUUCUAGAAAAGGGAAGGAAGUCAAGAAACAGAAAAAAGAUAUAGAGGUCAAAGAAUAUUCAAAGGAAGUCAAGGAGCCUCAGAAAGAAGACAAAGAGGUCAAAAAACCUUCUAAGGAAGCCAAGAAACCUCUGGCAGAAGAGAAAGAAGCCAAACAACUUUCUAAGGAAGCCAAGAAACCUCCAAAAGAAUUUAAAGAACCUUCAAGAAAACAGACGGAAGUUGAGGAACCUCCAAAAGAAGUGAAAGAACCUCAGAAGGAAGCCAAGAAACCGCCCAAAGAAGAGAAAGAUAUCAAAGAACCUUCAAAGGAAGACAAGAAACCUCCAAAAGAACUCAAAGAAUUGUCUAGUACAGAGAAGGAGGUCAGGAAACCUAAGAAAGAAGAGAAGGUCAAAGAAUCUACCAAGGAUGAGAUGGAAGAGAAGGGUGAGGUCAGCAAAACUCUCAAAGAUCAAAAGACUGUGGAAGCACUCAAAGAAGAACCUGAACCACCACCCACAGAGAAACCACGCAGAAAACUAAGAACCAUCAGUGCAUUACUCAAAGAAGUACCAGAGAAACCACUGAGAGAAGGCAAAGAAGAGAAGCGGCGUCCUCUAGAAGAAGUUGACAAAGCUCACAAAGAGGAGAAAGCCAUAAAGGAACAUCCCAAAGAAUUUAAGAAACCUCCAAAGGAGGAGAAGGAAAUCAAGAAACCCAUCAAAGCAGAUAGACAAGCAAAUAUAUCUUCUGCAGAACUAAAAGAACCUGAGAAACCACAUGAAGACAAGUCAGAAGUUAAGAAAUCUCCCAGGGAUGUUGUAGAAGUCAGGAGACAUCUCAAAGACAAGAGAAAGCCUUCUAGAAGAUUUUUCGAAGUCCAGAAAGAAGAGAACGAAGCAAAGAAUGCUACCAAAGAUAAAAUAGAAGGAAAGAAACCUCAUGCAAAAGUGAUGAUUUUCAGGAGAACUUCCAAAGAGCACGUGGAAGCUCUCAAGAAACCACACAAAGAACUUAUCAAUGAAACAGAAAACGUCAAGAAGCCUCCCAAAGAGGAAAGGGAACCCAGGAAACAUCUUACAGAAGAGCUAGAGAAACAAGAGGUUGGGGCUACCAAGGUUACCACACUGGAAAAAGAGGAGAAGAAGCCACAUGAAGAACAUGAAGUCAGGAAAAAGUAUAAGGACGUCAAGAGAUCUCUAAGAAAACAGACAAAGCUCCUGAAACCAACCAGAGUUGAGAAAGACCUCAAGAAACCAUCUCAAGGAGUCCACGAGGAGCGUAAACCCCUCGUGGGAAAGGAGAAGACACCUCCCAAGGUAGAGGUGACGAUACCACAUGAAGAACAAAUCAGCAUAUCUUUGAGAGAGGAGCAAGACAUCACAAUAUUUCUCAGAAAAGAGAAAAAGCUCCUCAAACCAAGCGAAGAAGAAAAAUAUCUCCAGAAACCUUCUCAAGAAGUCCCAGAGGCGAAUAAACCCUCUGACGUGAAAGAGGAGAAGAAACAUCCUAAAGAAGAGAACAAGUUACCAUAUAAAGAAGACACCAGGAGAUCUUUCAGAGAGGAGAUGGAAGUCAAAAGAUCUAUCAUAAGACAGACUAGGCUCCAGACACCGACCACAGUGGAGAAAGAACCCAAGAAAACACCCAUAGAAGUCCCUGAGGAGAUUAAACCCUCUGAGGUGAAAGAGGAGAAGAUUCCGCCCAAAGAAUCUCGUGACGAAGCAAUGAUACACCCUAAAGGAGCGGGUGAAGAAAAGAAACCUUCCAGGAAAGAAAAACCAAUCAAGGUGGCGGAUGAAACAGAAGAAAGGAAAUCAUCGAAAGUGCGUCCUCUCUCUAUGAGGGGGAAAAAAAUGACGAAACCUCCCAAACAGGAGAAGGAAGAACCUGAAGACAUUGUUUCCAAAGAAGUCAAGAAGCCCUUAAAGCCAAUACCAACGGAACCCUCUAAAGAGCUUUCAAAACAAUCCAAAAAGGAACCACAGAAGUUGACCAGGCUGCUCUCGAAAGAUGUCCAAGACACAACAAUGACCAUUGAAGAUACAAGUGACGCCUCCAAAGUGGACAAACAAGUCAAGAAGACUCCCAAAGAACAAACUCCACAGAAGACAGCCGACGUAUCCAAGAGACCGCUCAGCUUGCUGAGAAUCACCAAAAAGCAAAUAGCCUCUGUCUUCAAAAAGGAACGUGUCAACUUUACAAAAGAAGCAGCCCCAGAAGUUCGUAAGGUGGCAGUCAAACCAAAACCUACAAAGAAAACUGAUCCAAAGAAAAAAGCCGAAGCAGUCGUCGUGAAAAUAGAACAAGAAGGUCUUGCAAAAAACAUUUCUGUGCUGAAGGAGAGAGUGAAAAUAGUCCCAAUGAAGAAAGUUAUCACAAGGCCAGAAAAGAAAGUCCAGGGGUCACCUGCCAAGACAGCAGCUGAAGACGUCAAACUCAAGUCAAAACCAAGAGCAAAAGCGAAAGUGGUGCCACUCAAGAAAGUGCCUCUCUCAGGCGACAAGACUGAAGCAAAGAGGAAAAAGGCCCCAUCCCUCCUCAAGACAAAAAAGCACGAGACCUCCAAAGAAAACCAAAAGCCCACAGCAAUGACAAAAGAAAAAGCAGCGGAGAAGACAACCAAAGAUGUGGCAAACGAUGAUAGAGUUCUGAAAGAGAUACAAGAAAAAAAUAAAUCUGCAAAGGAGGAGCAAUCAAAAGCGGACUCAGACGACUUAGUCCAGGAAGACGAGCUGCCAUAUUUCCAGUGUUUCUUUGUGGACGAGGACGAAGGCCAGUUUCCCUUCUACGCAUUCUCGCCGCUGCAGGUUUGAGGCGGACCAGCCGAUGACGGCCAUUUUAGAGCCCGACAACACGCACCACCUGCAGAGCAGAGCAGAUGUGGCAUCUGUAAAGCUGACAUUGACACUGGAAUUUUAAAGAGUAAUGCCACAAUAUAGAUGAGAAGUGGCAUCUGUAAAGCUGUCGUUUAGGCUGGAGUUUAAUGAUGAAUUAAGCUUUAUCGAGAAGGUGUGGCAUCUGUAAAGCUGACCUUCAUGGUUGAGCAGGGGAUUGUGGGUAAUUCUUACUAAUUGGACAGAUCCAUUUGAUUUCAGAUUUGGUUGAGCUCUCCUACCAAAUAUGUGCAGCCAAUGUCAUUCCUUUACAUUUUUGUAAUUUCUUUUUCAUUUUACUUUAUUUUAUUGUUUUAGUUUUAAUUGUAGUUUAUUUUGGAUGGAUGGGGGAGUUAUUUGAUUAUUUUUUUGUUUUACUUAUUUUAUUUAUUAUGGAGUUAUUUCAUUUUGAUGUUUGUAUUUCUAAUUUAUUAUUUUGCCGUUUUAUUUUUGUUUUUUAGUUAAUGUUUAUUUUUUUGCUAAUUUAUGUAGCUACCCAAUAUUUCAUACAAUUUCAUUUUGAGUUGCUUUGUUCUUAGUUAUUUUAUUAAUUUUUAUUUUUAGUUAUUGUAUGGAUUUGCAUUUCAUUCAUCUUUUAUGAAGUUAUUUCAGUUUUGUUUUUUGUUUUAGUUUUUUCAUUCUGUUAUUAGUUAUUUUAUUUUAAGUCGUUUUAUUAUGUUUUUAUUUUUUGUCAUUUUUGGGGUAUUUUUUAAAUUUAUGUAGGUAUUAAGUAUUCAUGUUUUUAUGGUUUAGUUAUUCUAUAUAAUUAUUAGUUACUUUUUAUUUGUAGUUAUUCUUUUUCUAGUUAUAUUUUCUUCAUUUAAUUUUUUGUUCAUUUAAAUGUGGUAAUUUUUUUUAUUUUUUUUUUAAUUUUUUUUUUUAUUCAAAUCUUCAAAAUUAUCUUAAUUCUUGAAGUCUAUAAACAACCUAUUAUUUUAGUUUGUUAUUUGAUUGUUUAUUUAAUUGUAAUUAUUUGUGCAUUUAUUUUUCAGCUGAUUUAUUUAUUAUUAUUUGUAGUUAUUUUAAUGCAAUGGAUUAUUGACGAAUAAGCAUAGUAAUAACCUGAAUUUCUUUCAACGUGCGAUAUUACCUCUAAUCGUGGCCUCCUCCACUUUUGUCAGACUUUAAUUAUAAACACAACACGCAUGCGUCGCCUGGAGGGCAGACGUGGCAUCUGUAAAGCUGCCACUCACGGGUGGCUUUUGAAAACCACUACGAAUAAUACAUGAUCAAACAACACUUACUAGUAGUACAGCUAGUAGUACCACCCCGCAUGUCUUUGCCACAACACACACCACCUGCAGAGCAGAGCAGAGCAGAUGUGGCAUCUGUAAAGUUUACAUUGACAGUGGAAGUUUAAAGAGAAAUGCCGCAAUAUAGAUCAGAAGUGGCAUCUGUAAAGCUGUCAUUUAGGCUGGAGUUUAAUAAUGAAUUAAGCUUUAUCGAGAAGGUGUGGCAUCUGUAAAGCUGACCUUCAUGGUGGAGUUUAAAAAAGACACACCGCUAUAUCGAGCAGGCAUGGCAUCUGUAAAGCUGACCUUUUCAAAUUCUUAUGUUUUUAAUCCAAAAAAAACCAACAACAACAAUUUCUUUAAGUUGUUGUUAUUUAAUUUUUUAAUGAAAAUAAAAAAUUGACGAAAGGUGGCGCGAUGCAUGCUUUUAGCUGGACAAUUGGAUAGAUGAUCAUAUAGUCGUAUACAGUGGGGCCUUGACGUACGAGUUCAAUUCGCUGGGUAACCACCCUCAUAUCUCAAAACACUCAACUCAACUCACCUUUCCCCAUUGAAAUGAAUGGAAAUGCAACCAAUCGGUUCCAGCCUCCCCAAAACACACCCAAAAUUAUUUGUUUUGAACAUUUUUCCAAAAGAAAAACUGCCCUCUACAGUAUUGCACUGUAUAAAAUAUUUGUUUUGUACAUAACCUGCAAACAGAAAAAACUUGACUGUACGUCUAUGUAUUAUCCUUCUUCUGCUGUUGGCCGUUGGCAAACCAAUUUCAUGGCACGUUACUGCCACCGACUGGGUUUGUCCUUCCACUGCACCGAAACCAAUGUGACUUGAAGGUGGUAUUGUGAAGUGUGUUGCCACCAUCAAGCGGUCAGGGUGUGAUGCUCAAAUUUUACUCGUAUCUCAAGACGGAAAAUAGGUCAGGUGAAGGCCUGUAUCUCAAAAAAGGCACUCCUUUUUUUGUGUGUGUAUUCUUUUUAUCGUGUCUUUUCAUUUUCAAUCGUCCGGAAUGAGCAUGCUGCAUAUAUAUGAGAGUAGGGCCCGACCGAUAUAGAUUUUAGGCCGAUCCCGAUUUCAAUAUUUGGCAGAACGAAAUUCUGAUAACCGAUUAAGCGGCCGAUUUAUUGAAAAAAAUAUAUAAAGAAUUAAAUAACUUUUUUUUUUGUCCCUUAACGCUUACAACAAUAAAGACAUUAAUUAUAGGCAGAACGUUUGACUUUUUUACAGUACUUUGUCCUUUUGUAUUUGUGUAACUCGACAACAGAGACAAGAAUCGACUGAUUUAUUUGCCAAUUUUUGAAACUUUUUUAAAAAUGUUUCAAUGUCGUUAUCUUUGUCUCAUGUUGUAACGUGUUAAUGUUGAAAAGAAAGAAAAAAAAAAAACGGCCGAUGAAUUGGUCGAGCCCUAUAUGAGAGCUCCCAAAACAUUCGGAUGGGGAGAAAAAAAGCUACCUAAAAAGUCUUAUUAUUAAAUCAGCAGACAUGCGCCAAUGUUUACGUUGGCUCACAGUGAACCCAUUUGAGUUCAUUUGGACUGUUUUGACCACCACAGGUUGUUUUCUGUCUUUCCCUAAACAGACCAAAAAUGCACUGUUGAUGACUACUGAUGUACAUUACUAUGACAUCCAAAUGGACAAAAGCACUGAAUUGUUGCAUGUCGGCAGACGGAAUGCAGAGAUGGCGAGAUUUCUUUCUGAAAGAAAUGAAUACGACUAAUAGUACACGUUGUUUUGAUGAAGCGGCGCCUUGUUUAUCAGCAGCCUGUUGUUUGCCAAGCUUGAUGACAGUUAAUGUAGCGUGAGAUGAUAAUCCUACUGUAACUGUAAAUCUAUAUCUUUUUUUAAUCAUAAUGAAAAUUAAAAAUAAGUAGGACACGUCUUGUGUCAGUGAAUGGUGCACGCAAGCAAAAUGAACGUUGCUGCCCAUGUUUUGCAAUAUUUCUACAGAGAUGACUAUAUUUCGAAUCUAUUUUAUGAAGUAUUGUAUAUUUAUUUUUUAGGUUAAACGUGUGCAAUGUAUGAGGUCAAAGCUACCUGAAAUCUGCAUGUGUGUGUGUGUGUGUGUGUGUGUGUGAGUCUUAAAAUGAGAAGUAACAGAAACAUUGUACAGUUGAUAUAAAAGGUUUACACACCCCUGUUCAAAUGCCAGAUUUUUGUGAUAUAAAAAAAUUAGACCAAGAUAAAUAAUUUGGAAACUUUUUCCACCAUUAUUCUACGACUUAGUUGAAAAAUUAAAUAUUUUUGACUAUCACCAUUUAAAGCGCUUCUGAGCAACGCCAACUCCAAAUAAAGUUCAGCUGCUCUAGUGGGCUUUAGUAACGUUAUCUCAGCUGUUACUUCUCCUCUCAAAAGGUUUUUUUUGUUUUUUUUUCAAUUGCGUUGUGCAGGUUAUAGGUCACAUUAAUGGUAGGGACAUUUUUUUUUACAAAUGAUUUAUCCAUCAAGAUUUCUUUUUUGACCAGGGGUUUGUAGAUUUUUUGCAUCUACUGUAAAUGUAAAUACAAGUUUGAUCCUCACUGAGAAGAAUAAUAGAACAACAGCACCAUUGUGUCCGCUCGUGCUGCUUGGAUUUGACAUUCAAUAAAAGAGUCACGCAAGUGUC